AUGCUCUUUAUUCUUCUCAGUGCUCCGCGCAAUUCUCUCUUCCCCCUACCCCCCCACUCCCCCUCAUUCCCCCAGUGGCACCCCUCCUCUCCUAGUGUCUUCCUUCCCGACUACCUCAUGCUCUUCAUGCUUCUCAGUGCUCCGCGCACCUCUCUUCCCCCCACCUCCUCACGCCCUUCCCCCCCUCAUUUCCCCAGUGGCACCCCUCCUCUUCCAGUCUCCCCCCUUCCCGACUACCUCAUGCUCUUCAUGCUUCUCAGUGCUCCGCGCACCUCUCUUCCCCCCACCUCCUCCCGCCCUUCCCCCCCUCAUUUCCCCAGUGGCACCCCUCCUCUUCCAGUCUCCCCCCUUCCCGACUACCUCAUGCUCUUCAUGCUUCUCAGUGCUCCGCGCACUUCUCUUCCCCCCACCUCCUCCCGCCCUUCCCCCCCUCAUUUCCCCAGUGGCACCCCUCCUCUUCCAGUCUCCCCCCUUCCCGACUACCUCAUGCUCUUCAUGCUUCUCAGUGCUCCGCGCACCUCUCUUCCCCCCUUCACCCCCCCUUUCCCCCCCUUUCCCCCAGUGGCACCCCUCCUCCCCCAUGGCACCCCCCCUCUCCCUGACACCGGUCAGUGGCUCCUCCUUGCUCUCAACAACCGCCUCCCCGCGCCCCUCACCGCCCAUUCCUUUCCCUCUACCUCCUACCCCCCCCCCCCCCCUCCCCUUUCCCCCUUCCCUCCCCCGUGCAGUGGCACCCCCCCUCUCCCCGACACCGGCCAGUGGCUCCUCCUCGCUCUCAACAACCACCUCCCUACUCCCGUGUCCCUCGCUAUUCAUUCUUGUCCCCCUUUGCCACCCUUCCCUCCCCUUUCCUCCCCCCCAUCCAGUGCCACCCCCCCUCUCCCCGACACCGGUCAGUGGCUCCUCCUCGCCCUCAACGACCACCUCCCCGCGCCCCUCACCGCCCUCCUCCGCGCGCGCCUCGUGGAAAUGCACGAUUUCCUCAUGCUCUUCAUGCUUCUCGCCUUCUCCGUCCUCUUCAACUGCAUCCCUCCCCCGGGGAUCGGGCUCGGCGCACGCUACUGCUUCACCAUAGCUAUCUCCCGUCUGCUUCGGUUCCUAACCUUUGCUUCGACGAUCCUCCCGGCGGUUCGGCCGUGGUGCGCCGCGGCUAGGUUCGGGAGCACGAGUCCGAGGCACCCGCACCCCUGGGCUCAGAAGUACUUUGUGCCGUAUGCCACGAACCACGACCUGCUUCAUCAAGUUAUCUCCACUGACGUGGCCUUUGGUAAGUCCGUGUGGGCGUUAUUCGAGAAUCACCAGGCUAUCACCCGCACGCCACAGGGUUCAGAAGUACAUUUCAGUAGCACCCGCACGCACCCCUGGGCUCAGAAGUACUUUGUGCCGUAUGCCACGAACCACGACCUGCUUCAUCAAGUUAUCUCCACUGACGUGGCCUUUGGUAAGUCCGUGUGGGCGUUAUUCGAGAAUCACCAGGCUAUCACCCGCACGCCACAGGGUUCAGAAGUACAUUUCAGUAGCACCCGCACGCACCCCUGGGCUCAGAAGUACUUUGUGCCGUAUGCCACGAACCACGGCCUGCUGCAUCAAGUUAUCUCCACUGACGUGGCCUUUGCCCCCCAGGUGCACUACCCACCUGAAUAUCAACCUGACUGGGGCUUUUUGCAGUUCCUGGUGGACUUCAUGUGCCCCAUGGACUCACCUACCCCCUCUGCCCUUGUCCUCUUUCCCCUUCAUUCUUCCCCAGCCCCCCAGGUGCAUUACCCACCUGAAUAUCAACCUGACUGGGGCUUUUUGCAGUUCCUGGUGGACUUCCUCCGCCCCAUGGACGCCAGCGCUCACCACGGCGCCGCCGCCUCCUCCGGAUCCUUCAGCAGUUUCGUCAUCCGCCCCCCCUUUGUCCUCUUCCUCUUUCCCCUUCAUUCUUCCCCAGCCCCCCAGGUGCAUUACCCACCUGAAUAUCAACCUGACUGGGGCUUUUUGCAGUUCCUGGUUUCCUUCCUCCGCCCCAUGGACGCCCGGGCACACCACGGCGCCGCCGCCACCUCCGGAGCCUUCAGCAGCUUCGUCAUCCGCCCCUACGGCGGCUGCAACGACCUUGCCUUCAGCGGGCAUAUUAUCGUCGCAGCCCUCACUGCCUGCGCCUGGCAGGAGGCGUUCCCUGGCUGGGCUUCGGCUAUGGUCUGGGGCCUUGUGUUUCAUUCCGCGCAGAGGGAGGUUCGGGAGCGGCAGCAUUAUACAGUAGAUGUGGUUAUCGCGCUGUAUCUCGCGCCGUUGCUGUGGCGUACCACCAAAUUUCUCUGGUCUCGCCCGCCGCCUCCGCCCACGAGGAGGGAGGCUUUUGGGGCGGCGCUUAGCGAGCGGGAACCGGCGCUUAUGAAAGCGCUGAAGGAUGGGGAUUUGGGUGCUCUGAGGGAGGCUGUGGGGGAUUCUGUGGAGGAAGCGGAAGGAGUUGUUUCCGGCGGUGUCAAGGGGAAGAUUGCUGGCACUAAAGCUGGCACGUCGCACUCACUUCCGCCGACGCUCCCUUCCGCCCGUCACCUUCCCUUCCGCCCGUCGCACUCACUUCCGCCGUCGCCAUCCCUUCCGCCCGUCGCCCGUCACCUUCCCUUCCGCCCGUCGCCCUCCCUUCCGCCCGUCGCCCUCCCUUCCGCCCGUCGCCCUCCCUUCCGCCGUCGCCAUAGAUUCCGCCCGUCGCUCGUCGCCAUGCCUUCCGCCCGUCGCCCUCCCUUCCGCCCGUCGUCCUCCCUUCCGCCGUCGCCAUCCCUUCCGCCCGUCACCCUCCCUUCGUCUCGUCGCCCUCCCUUCCUCCCAUUGCCCUCCCGACCACCCGCCGCCCUACCUUCCCCUCGUCGCGCUCCCUUCCGCCCGUUGCCCCCCUUUGUCUCGUCGCGCUCCCUGCUGCUCAUCGCCCUCCCUCCUGCUCGUCCCCUCGCAAUCCCCGUAUCUCUCUCCCCUCGUCGCCCUGGCACCUCCGUCACUGUCGCCAUCCCUCCCAUCUCCCUUCCCACCUCAUUUGGGCCAGUCACGCCCCCUUUCCAACCAACACACACGGUGGCCCUUCCCCUAAUGAUCGCCUUUCACCACCACACCGCUUACCUCUCUCCUUCCCCACACCACCUUUGGCCUUCCUCCCCCAAUCCCCUUCCCUGCUUCCCCGUGUCCCUUUCCCUGCUUCCCCCCAUCUCCUUCCCUUCUUCCUCCCACCCCCUUCCCAUCUAUUCCCCCCAUCCCCGUCCCUGCUUCCCCAUGUCCCCUUCCCUGCUUCCCCGUGUCCCUUUCCCUGCUUCCCCCCAUCCCCUUCCCUGCUUCCCCCCAUCCCCUUCCCUGCUUCCCCGUGUCCCUUUCCCUUCCUCCCCCCAUCCCCUUCCCUGCUUCCCCAUGUCCCUUUACAAGCUUCCCCCCAUCCUCUUCCCUGCUUCCCUCCAUCCCCUUCCCUGCUUUCCCAUGUGUCUUCCCUUCCUCCCCCAAUCCCCUUCCCUGCUUCUCCCCAUCCCCUUCCCUUCUUCCCCCCAUCCCCUUCCUUUAUGUUCCCCCCAUCCCCUUCCCUGCUUCCCCAUGUCCCCUUCCCUGCUUCCCCAUGUCCCCUUCCCUUCCUCCCCCCAUCCCCUUCCCUGCUUCCCCAUGUCCCUUUCCCUGCUUCCCCCCAUCCCCUUCCCUGCUUCCCCCCAUCCCCUUCCCUGCUUCCCCGUGUCCCUUUCCCUUCCUCCCCCCAUCCCCUUCCCUGCUUCCCCAUGUCCCUUUACAAGCUUCCCCCCAUCCUCUUCCUUGCUUCCCUCCUUCCCCUUCCCUGCUUUCCCAUGUGUCUUCCCUUCCUCCCCCCAUCCCCUUCCCUGCUUCCCCAUGUCCCUUUCCCUGCUUCCCCCCAUCCCCUUCCCUGCUUCCCCCCAUCCCCUGCCCUUCAUCCCCCCAUCCCCUUCCGUGCUUCCCCGUGUCCCUUUCCCUGCUUCCCCCCAUCCCCUUCCCUGCUCCCCCCCAUCCCCUCCCCUGCUUCCCCGUGUCCCUUUCCCUUCCUCCCCCCAUCCCCUUCCCUGCUUCCCCAUGUCCCUUUACAAGCUUCCCCCCAUCCUCUUCCCUGCUUCCCUCCAUCCCCUUCCCUGCUUUCCCAUGUGUCUUCCCUUCCUCCCCCCAUCCCCUUCCCUGCUUCCCCAUGUCCCUUUCCCUGCUUCCCCCCAUCCCCUUCCCUGGUUCCCCCCAUCCCCUGCCCUUCAUCCCCCCAUCCCCUUCCGUGCUUCCCUGUGUCCCUUUCCCUGCUUCCCCAUGUCCCCUUCCCUGCUUCCCCCCGUCCCCUUCCCUGCUUCCCCCCAUCCCCUUCCCUGCUUCCCCGUGUCCCUUUCCCUGCUUCCCCCCAUCCCCUGCCCUUCAUCCCCCCAUCCCCUUCCCUGCUUCCCCGUGUCCCUUUCCCUGCUUCCCCCCAUCCCCUUCCCUUCAUCCCCCCAUCCCCUUCCUUUAUGUUCCCCCAUCCCCUUCCCUGCUUCCCCAUGUCCCCUUCCCUGCUUCCCCAUGUCCCCUUCCCUUCCUCCCCCCAUCCCCUUCCCUGCUUCCCCGUGUCCCUUUCCCUGCUUCCCCCCAUCCCCUUCCCUGCUCCCCCCCAUCCCCUCCCCUGCUUCCCCGUGUCCCUUUCCCUUCCUCCCCCCAUCCCCUUCCCUGCUUCCCCAUGUCCCUUUACAAGCUUCCCCCUUUCAACCGCACAGAUGA